CUGCGAUCUUCCCUGAUCCCCCUCCACCUUCUCCGACUCGCUGCCCCACCCUUCUCCCGCAACCCGGCUAGUCUCCCCGGCGUGCUGGCGCCGACCCGGACCUCGCCGGCACCCCGCGCGCCUCCUUCGCUGCCACCAUCCAGUGAGUAGCCGCCACAACUACCGCCCCCGAGAGCGCCGGCACGCAUGGAUCCAGCCGGACCCGACCGGAGUGGGCCAGGGGUGCCCUUCGCGGGCGCUGUGUCGCCGCCGUUGACCGCCAUGCCACUGCCGCCCCCAAUUCCCCACCACACAUUGCCACGCGCGGCGGCCCUCUGCCUCUUGUGCGUCACCGCGAGCCAGCCCCGCGCGAACCACGGUGUUCUGCUGCUAGCUCUAGAAGCGCCCUCAGGCACUGAUCCCGUUCUUCCACACGACCGCUGCUGGUCACCCGCCCCAAACGCCGUCGAGCCAGCAUCUCCUCCAAAAAAUCUGAUGGCGGAGGGCCCCUGCUCCUCAAUGCCAUGGCCGCCCUAUCCGCUCGGCCCCCUGGCAAUCCUUGCCGCCGCCCUGCCACAGACGUCCACCCUAUGGAGCUCCCUCCUCCACUGGUGUCCGGCCGCCUCCCAGUCCCUUGCCACAUCUACGCAUGGACCUCUACGAGGGGAGAGUUCAUCAUCUCAGGGCACCACAUCAACACUCCAAGAGAUGUGUGGACCGAGCACUGUGACAACGCAGUAAAGGAAAAUAAUGCAUGCUUGUAUGUCUGCGUAUUCAACGAGAUUUGUUGUAAAAGUUUAUUUUUUUUCCUUGUGCGUCAAUUGAGCUAACUUUUAAGACGUUUAGAGGCUUCGUGAAAUUCUACAAAAAGCUAUACGCUGGCAGGUGUGAAGUUCUACCACGGCUAUAUGCUGGAAGCUGUGAAGUCCUGGCACGGCUCUCCACCAAGUUCUAGUCGAUUCAACGUCUACUCUUUCCGUUUUUCACUCUAGUGAGCCAUGAGAUGCUGCUGGUGCAUGUGCUCUUCUACCUCGGAAAGAAGCUACUGCUGCUUCGGAUUUGGGUGAACAUCCGGUAUGGAGAUGUGUGUAUGCUAUGAUGAGAAGAUAAGGUAUAUGAUUUUUUUAUAGACAAAGGUGUGUGUAUGCUACGAUGAGAAGAUAAGGUAUUUUUUAUAGAAUCAACGUGUGGUGGAGAGACAUGCACCGCUUUGUCACAAAACCAUCAACCGGCUUAUAUAUUGCUUAAAUUAUUAUCACAUAUGUAAUUAGAAGAGCAAGUACUUAGUUUUUCAUGGUU